AUGCAACGCGGGAGCCCGCCGAAGGUCAAGCCACACAACUAUGAUGCCUUGGUGAAGCCCUUCGAGCUGACGACGGGAGGCCUCGCCAAGCUGUUGCCAGAUGAAAUCGAAAUUACUUCCAAAGAGGAGGCGGUGCUGUACGCAUGCAACGACGACGACGUGGAGGAACGGUUACAGGGGGGAAGGGCGACGCUCACCACUCACCGGAUACUUUGGUCCGAGCGCUCGCGAGUGACCCACGGCGGCGUCCACGUCUGCAUUCAUCUCUCCGCGGUGAUGCUUUCCGUCAAGGGCAGAGACGACUUCUUCUCGCACAUGGAGUCAGCCCUGGCGCGCAAGGCGUGGGUCGUCGAGACCGCGGCGGAAGUGAUGGGUCGCCGGGCAGCAGGUGAGGGCGGCGGCGGCGGCAGCAGGGCGUCGGCGGCGGGCGUUGCUGGCAUCCUCCGAAGACAGGAGGCCAACCGAAAGGCGACGGCCGAGAUCGCAACGGAGGCCUUCUCGGACCUCAAGAGCCUCAUCGACAAGGCCAAGGAGGUGGUGGCCGUCGUCGAGCGGUACUCGGCUGCUCUCCAGGACAAGCAAACGGCGGCGGCGUCGGCGGCGGGGGACAAGGAUGAGGCGGGCGACGGCGGUGACCCCACACGGGAAGCCGAGGACCUGAGCAGCAUCCUCCAAGACAUCGGUAUCGCGAGUCCCGUCACCAAGACCAGCGCCGGCACGCGCUACCACCAGCAGCUCGCCCGGCAGCUGGCGGACUUCCUCUCUUCGCCGCCGGGGAAGCGCGCGGGCGCCCGGACUCUCCUGGACAUGUUCGGGGGGAUGAUGACCCUGCCGGACGUGUUCUCGGUCUUCAACCGCGCGAGAGGCACGGAGCUCGUGUCCCCCGCCGACCUCCUCGCCACCGCAAGGCUGCUCGGCCCCACCAAGCUGGGCAUGUCGCUCCGAAGGUUCGCCUCCGGGGUGCUGGUGAUCCAGGCGGACUCACACAGCGACCAGGCGGUCAGCGAGAAGCUAGUCAAGGCUGCGGAGGCGGAGGCGGCGGCGGGGGGUGGGGGGUGGGGGGACGGCCUUGUGGCGACGCAGGUGGCCAGGGACUUGCGGGUGUCGGCGACGCUGGCGGUGGAGCACCUGCGCACGGCGGAGACGGCAGGGUUGCUGUGCCGGGACGAGAGCGUGGAAGGGACUCGCUUCUACGCGAACCCUUUCGAACGAUUCGUCAAGUCCAUGGAGGAGGCGGAGUCGACCAAGGCCACCACCGCAACAUAG